GUUACGGAGCUGUAAAGCAGACCCCCCUUCUUCAUGUUCACAGACCCCCCAUGUAAUAACCAGGCUUUGUCGUAAUGAUCUUGGAUCUCAAGGUUCACCCAGAACAUGGAUGAUAAAUCCAACAAGCUGCUGCUGGCCCUGGUAAUGGUCUUUCUGUUCGCCGUGAUCGUCUUGCAGUAUGUGUGCCCGGGCACGGAGUGCCAGCUGCUCAGGUUGCAAGCCUUUAGCUCGUCUUUGGUGGACCCCUACAGGGCUGAAGAUGAGAGCCCAGCCAAAUUCAUCCCCAAAUUCAAUUUCACGGCGGAGGACCUGAUGAGGAAGGUGGACUUCAAUAUCAAGGGAGAUGAUCUGAUCGUGUUCCUUCACAUCCAGAAGACAGGGGGGACCACGUUUGGUCGCCACCUGGUCAGGAACAUCCAACUGGAGCAACCUUGCGAGUGCAAAGCCGGCCAGAAGAAGUGCACUUGCCAUAGACCAGGCAAAAAGGAGACCUGGCUCUUCUCCAGGUUCUCUACUGGAUGGAGUUGUGGGCUUCAUGCAGACUGGACAGAGCUGACCAACUGUGUCCCAGCGGUGGUGGACAAUAAGAAGGAGAUGAAGAUGAGACCCCUGAGGAACUUUUACUACAUCACCAUCCUCCGUGAUCCUGUAUCUCGAUACUUAAGCGAGUGGCGGCAUGUACAAAGAGGGGCGACCUGGAAGGCUUCUUUGCAUGUGUGUGAUGGGAGGUCACCAACAUCUGAUGAACUUCCAAGUUGUUACACAGGAGAUGAUUGGUCUGGCUGCUCUCUAAAGGAAUUCAUGGAUUGCCCUUAUAACUUGGCCAACAACAGACAAGUCCGUAUGCUGUCUGACCUUAGUUUGGUUGGAUGUUAUAAUUUAUCAGUGAUGCCAGAGGAUCAGAGGAACAAGGUUCUCCUAGACAGCGCCAAAGAAAACCUUAAACGUAUGGCUUUCUUUGGGCUAACAGAAUUCCAAAGGAAGACCCAGUAUCUCUUUGAAAAGACAUUCAACAUGAACUUUAUCUCGCCAUUCACCCAGUUUAACAGUACAAGGGCAUCGAGUGUAGAGAUCGACGAUGAGACACAAAAGCGCAUCGAGACACUGAACUUUUUAGACAUGGAAUUGUACGAAUAUGCAAAAGACCUUUUCUUACAAAGAUAUCAAUUUAUGAGACAAAAAGAACACCAGGAAGCCAGACGGAAGCGCCAAGAGCAACGCAAAAUUCUCCGCGCCAAACAUGCUAACCACAAAGCGGAGACAGACAACUCGACCGCUGAUUACAUAGAGAAUGUAGAAAAAUGGCGGUAGUAGAUUCUUCGACCUUAACCCACUAGUUGAAGUGUACUAUGACAUUUUAAAGAUGAAAAGAAGAAA